UCCUCCACCUCUCUAAGAGACAGGAACACCACGAUUAGCUUGCCCUGCAUGAUCUUAUCACGUUAAGGAGGGAAAUCUUUGGUUAAAAUUGGGUAAAAAUACAACUUGAUGAAGUUAGGACAUUCUGGCACAAUGGGAGAGGAGAUGGCCUUGAAAAAAUAACCGCUGUGAUCCUUCAGGAUCCCCCGGUUUCUUCAUCUCUGCUCUUUUGAUGUGGGAUGGAUUACAGGCUGAGCUGACUCUCCUGCACUCUUGGACCCGCCAGAGGAGACCCUGAUCACAUAGAGAGAAGGAAGUGUGACCUGAGGCUGCAAGUUGGAGCAUUCAGGAGAAGUUAUUUAAACUAAGAGUUAAAUCUUAGAGAUCUUGGAGGUCCUGCUAUUGUAGCUUGUCUUUGGUUCUCUUUUUCAUUGGCAAGGACACAUCUGAAGUUGAACAAUGGCUUUGAUGAAGGUCAAGUUUGAUCUGAAAAAGCGAGUGAAGCUUGCCCAGACAGUCUGGUUCAUGUACUGGUUUUCUGUGAUGGCUGGUGUGCUGCUCCUGACCAUGGGCCUGUUCUUUAAGAUCGAGCUGCGUAAGCGCUCAGAACUCAUGGACAACAACGAGAGCCACUUCUUGCCCAACCUGCUCAUAGGUGUGGGUCUAAUAGCCUCUGGCAUGAAUGCAUUUGGAGGCAAAAUCUGCUACGACUCCCUGGACCCUUCCAAGUUUGUGAAGUGGAAGCCCAUGUUGAAGCCCUUCCUGAUUUCCUGUGUGGGGUUCAAUGGUUUGCUACUUCUGACAGCAAUGCUGUGUUUCUUGAUGAGGAUCCCUCUGCAGUUCACCCUGGCUGAGGGUCUGAAGAACGGCAUGAAGUACUACAAGGACACGGACACACCAGGGCGCUGCUACAUGAAGAGGACCCUGGACACGAUGCAGAUGGAGUUUCGCUGCUGUGGAAAUGACAACUACAGAGAUUGGUUUGUGAUUCAGUGGGUUAGCAACCGCUACCUGGACUUCAGCGCAAAGGAGGUCAAAGACCGCAUUGGUAGCAACGUGGAUGGGCAGUAUCUGAUGGAUGGAGUUCCCUUUAGCUGCUGCAACCCCGCCUCCCCUCGGCCCUGCAUCCAGCUCCAGAUGACCAACAACUCGGCCCACUACAGCUACGACCACUACACCGAGGAGCUCAAUGUCUGGAAGCGUGGCUGCCGCGAGGCUCUGCUGUCGUACUACGGAGGCAUGAUGAACACCAUCGGGGCACUGGUGAUGCUGGUUACUCUGGUGCAGGUCGCUGUAACAGUAGGCCUGCAGUACGUGAACACCUCCCUGUCCACCCUGGCUAACCCAGAGGACCCAGAGAGUGAGAGCGAGGGCUGGAUCUUGGAGAAGACAGUCAAGGAGACGUUCACUGACAUCAUGGACAAGAUGAAGGCCAUGGGCAAAGGCAACCAGGUGGAGGAGGGGGGUGAGGCACCAGUUGCCACGGUGAGCUGAGCGAGCCCCUCCAGCAAAAACUGACACUCCCACCUGGUGAGGAGAAGAAGAGGAAGUGUGAGAUUGCUACUUUUUUCUACCAACAUUUAAUCUGUAGAUACAGUACACAUAUUUGGCUUUCAUAAGGACUAAAAUCUGCGAACAUAUGGACUCCUCCUCACAAAUGGACUCCUUUACAAAUGGACUCCUUUCAUAAAUAAUAUUCAUAUGUAUAGAAAUAACUAAUACGAUGAGCUGUUGGGUAUGAAUUUGAAUUCCCAUUUUCCCCAACCACCUCAGGAGAAACAUUCAUACACUCUCACAGGUCCCAUGUUUCCUUCACAGCUUACUAUUCUGUAGAUUCACUGUCUGGUGUCUCAUACUCUUUGGCUUUGGCUUUUUAAUUAAAUUUUCUUUUGCUCCUAUUUACAUAACAAAGUGCAAAAUAGCACAACGAUAAAUCACCUAAAUGUUAUAAUAUGACUUCAUAAAAUGUUCCCUUUGUAUUUUUGUCAGAUAAAGUUUGGUGAGGAGAACAGGCACUUGUAUGGGGAUGGUGGUUGCUAUGCAACCCCCCCUCCCAUGGAGCCAGAGGUACAGUUGAAAGAUAUUUAUAGCCCAAGAAAGUGUUUUAUUUUUGUUGACUUGUCUAUAGAGCUCUGGCUGGUAGCUGAUAUAUAGAUAAAGAAAACAAAUUAAAUCCCCCACUCCCCCCUUUUUAUACUCCAGUCCAUCAUUGUCCAAUGAAAGCUGGAUGUGCUCCUGAGAUGGAGUGGAAAUAUGGAGGAAAUGUUGUGCCACCAUUUCACCCCAUGUACAAUCUGUUUGUGUCAAUUUUGAAGCACAGGGUUGGAGGGAGAGGCCAAUUGCGGGGAAAGUGGGUGGGCCCAGGAGGGAACCAGGGGCAACUCCAAAACUGUGGAGGACAAUUGAGAUUGGCAGCUAAAUCUUGGCUCCUGACCCCUGUGCUGUGAACUCAGAUCCUCUUUGAGGUUUCCCUUGUGCACACAGCAGUGUCAGUAUAUUCCACACUCACACACAUAUAGUCUUAACAAUUGGGUUGCUGUCUUUGUACAUAGUGUAGAAAUGAUGAAAAAUAACUUUUUUUAAUAAUGUAAUUAAUCCAAAUCUUUUAUUUCAAUCAAUGUAAAAUUUGUUUUGCCAUAUGAACUAUUUCUCUGUUUUCGUAGAAAGGUGAUGACGACGCUGCUGGUUGUGUACAUGAAUAAAGGAUUGUAGUGAAGUGG